UUUGAUGUUGUGUGUGGUGGGUGUGGUGCUGGCUCACCCAGAGCCCCCGCCCUCUGAUGGCUACGGGUACUCUGCCCCAACCCACCCCCCACCCUACAAGCCUCCACAGCCUUCUUAUCCGGCUCCUGCCUCAGCCUACAAGCCCCCACAGCCUUCUUAUCCGGCUCCUGCCCCAGCCUACAAGCCCCCACAGCCUUCUUAUCCGGCUCCUGCCCCAGCCUACAAGCCCCCACAGCCUUCUUAUCCGGCUCCUGCCUCAGCCUACAAGCCCCCACAGCCUUCUUAUCCGGCUCCUGCCCCAGCCUACAAGCCCCCACAGCCUUCUUAUCCGGCUCCUGCCCCAGCCUACAAGCCCCCACAGCCUUCUUAUCCGGCUCCUGCCCCAGCCUACAAGACCCCACAGCCUACUUACGGUGCCCCGACCCAAGAAAAGGGAAUGCCGUUCGACUUCACGUACAGCGUGGUGGAGCCGUACAGCGGCAACGACUUCGGCCACAACGCCAACUCCGACGGUAAUGUUGAGACCGGCGAGUACCGAGUCGUUCUGCCUGAUGGUCGUACUCAGGUCGUCUCCUACACGGCCGAUGACUACAAUGGCUACGUGGCCGAUGUCCAGUAUCAGGGAGAAGCCCAGUACCCCGAGCCCAAGCCCUACCAGCCUGCCCCAGCCUACGACAAGCCUGCUCCAGUGUAUGGCACACCUGCACCUACUUAUGGCGCACCAUCUCCAACAUAUAAGACGCCUGCUCCGACCUAUGGCACGCCUUCCCCAACCUACGGCACUCCACCGACCUACAAAACAACUAAGGCUACCUACAAGAAACCUUCUCCAACUUACGGACCCCCAUCUCCAAAAUACGGUACUCCUUCCCCAACCUAUGGAACACCUUCCCCAAAAUAUGGAACACCUUCCCCAAAAUAUGGAACACCCUCCCCAACCUAUGGAACACCUUCCCCAAAAUAUGGAACACCCUCCCCAACCUAUGGAACACCCUCCCCAAAAUAUGGAACACCUUCCCCAACCUAUGGAACACCUUCCCCAAAAUAUGGAACACCUUCCCCAACCUAUGGAACACCUUCCCCAACCUAUGGAACACCUUCCCCAACCUAUGGAACACCUUCCCCAACCUAUGGAACACCUUCCCCAACCUAUGAAACACCCUCCCCAAGCUACGGCGCCCCUUCACAGGCCCACAACAAUCCCGACCAAUAUUAUGAUGAACAAUCAGUCUAUGGUCCACCAAGCUAUGACUAUUAACUUGGAAUCCUGUGAGCGUUGUGUACCACUUUAUCUCCAUAUUUAAUUCAGCACAUCCUCUAAUAAAAACUUGGAAUCAUAA